AUGGCUGAUGUGCCUGGAGGCUGGAAUGAUGAUGGACCAAGUUUGGUAGGCUUUUAUAACAUUUUGGAAAUUAUUAGCGAGAAAAUAACAUUUGUCAAAUUUUACACUGAUGUUAUAUUUUUACACAAAUAAUUAAUGUUUUGUUUCUUUUUUGAUUGAAACUAGAUUUUAGUUUCAACAUCAAAGGUUUGGAAAGUUUUCAAGAAUAUUUUUUGUUAAAUUUUUUCAUAAAAAUUUAAUAAUUCUUCUCUAUGAAAAUUCGUAAACCAAAAUUUUCGAAGUUGUUGUUAGGAAUAUCCUCACCCAAAAUUUUUCAAUUUCUAAAUUUCUCAGAUCCAAAUCGAAUCACCAAUAUCUCAACCAACAACCCGAACUUCACCUCCACCAUUACCUUCUCGUCCGCUUGUUACAGUAGCCUCGAAAAUUUCACCAUUAGACCAUGAAGAUAUUCCAAUAGCAAGUCGUGUAGAUUUAAUUGAAUUUGAAAGUGAAGAAGAACGAGCUGCAACUGGUGAAGGUUUUCCACAUUUACAACAACAACAGAAUGGUCGAAUCUCGCCAGCGAAACAAGAAUUAUCAGAUGAGAAAAGAAUGGAAGAAGUUAUGAAAGAAUUUUUGACUACCGAAACAUCGCUAGCAUAUCAAGAUUAUUUGAGAAUGUUUUAUGUGAGCAAUUUUUUUUGGUUGUUGAUAAAUCAGAUUGAUUUUAGAUGAUUCGCAUGGAGCAAGAACGUUUUCGAAUGGACACUGAGUUUUCAUCAACUUGUGCCGUUUCUCCAAUACAUUUUACCAGAAAUCGUUAUAGAGAUAUAUUGCCUUGUAAGUCUUUGAAACAAAAUGGUUAUUCAUGAAAAAUUACUGAAUUCAAAGAGAAAACAUUUUUCGAAUUUAAUUUUUUUUACAAAUCCCACUUCACAAAAUGUUUCCUUUAUCAAAAUAUUUGUUUGCAGAUGAUUAUAAUCGUGUAGAAAUAAAGAAGGAUGACGAGAAUCCGGAUGGAUAUAUGAAUGCAUCUUUUGUACAAUUACCUGGUGGUGAAACCAGAUUUAUUGCAGCUCAAGCACCAUUGCCGUCCACAUUGGAUGAAUGGUGAGUUUUUUAAAUUUUUUUCUACCUCAAUAAAAUACGCUUGAAUGAAAUAAUUUAUGAUUGUGUGAAAAUGAUAGAAAACCAUUCAUUUUAAAGGUGGAAAAUGAUAGAUGAACAUCAAGUCAGCUUAAUUGUGAUAUUAUGUAAAUUAGUCGAACAAGACAAAAUCAAAUGUGAAAGAUAUUGGCCAGAACGUGUAAAUGAAAAAGAAUUAUUUGGUGAUUAUGAAAUAAUAUUGGAAGAUGAAAUAUUCUUCAAUGACGAUGAAUAUUUGUUGCGAAAAUUGUUGAUGCAAAAUUUGACGACGGGACAAACAAGAACGGUUCAUCAAUUACAUUAUAGGUUGGUUUGCUUUUGAAAUUUUGAAUGGGAACUUUUUUUUCGGAAAAUGCUGAAAAAUAAUGGAAAAUUUUUUUCAUACACCUAAUUUUUAUUUUUUUUCAGAGAAUGGCCAGAUCAUGGUUGCCCAUCAGGAGAUAAACAGUUAUUACAAAUGAUUGAAGAAAUGGCAAAACUUCAUGAAAUCAAUCCAACUUCUCCAAUUUUAGUUCAUUGUAGUGCUGGAGUUGGAAGAACUGGAACAAUAAUUGCUGUAAAUCAUGUUAGAGAACAAAUUCGAAGAAAUGCAUUGAUGAAAAUUGAUGUUUUUGAAUUGGUUAUGUCAUUGAGAAGACAGAGAGCAAGUAUGGUACAAACACAGGUAAUUUUGUCGCCUGGAGGAACAUUGAAGAAAAAUGGGAUUUUUAGGAUCAAUUCAAAUUUGUUCAUCAGUGUAUUGCUUCAUAUUGUAUGCAGAAAUUGGGAAUUGAAGAAGAAGAAUUACCGCCGCCUGUAAGUUUUUGAAAACAAAAAAUUGUCUGAGAACUUACAAAAAAUUAGAAAAUUUUUGUUUAAAAAAGUCCGGUUCAUCACGGAAAAAUUGAUUUUACACAAGAAAAUUCAGAAAUGGCCUAGAUACUUCUGAACGAACUAUUCUUUCACUCCGAAAGGUUUGAAGAUUUUCAAAAAUAUAAUUUUUGGGCCGAAAGAGUCAGAAUUAUUUGGAAAUUUAUGGUCAAAGUUGAAUUUGUAAAGUUGUUAAUAUGUAUUUCUGAAAUAAGAAAAUUUUGUUUUUUUAUUUGGAAAAAAAAACAUUUUUCAAAAACCUCAAAAUUGUAUGUUUCAAAAUUUUCUCAUAAAAUCAGUUCUUUUCCAUAUCUCGUUGACCAUAAUGGACCAUAAUGCUGAUAAAACAAAAGGAAGAUAAAUAAAAAUAGUUGAAAAGUUUUUUUUUUGCAGAUUCCUCAACGACCUGAUAUGAUGACAGCAACAUCUUCAACAUCUGUCAAACUCUUCCCUCCACCAACUCCAACUGAUGCAGCUCUCGUCGAAAUUGUUGGAGGUGGAAAUUAUCAAACUGUUUCAACGAAUGAUCCAAGAACAACAGGAGAUGAAGAGGAAGAAGCAACACAUGUCCCGGAUUUUCCGGACGAGCCGCCUGCCCCAUUGGGGCCGGAGGAUCUGGGAACAACGAGUGCGGCCUUUUGAAAAAUAAUGUGAGUUUUUAAGGGUCGAAGGGGAUGGGGUUAAAGUUUGAGUUUUGCGAAGAACAAAUUCAUUUUUUAAAGUUUUAAUUUCGGAAUUAAUAAAAGUAGUUUGAACCUGAUUCUUCCCUAACUGAAUUUUUUUUUGAAAAAAAUAUGGAAAAUUUUACUGGAACAGGUUUUUUCAAAAAUUCUGCAAUUUUUUAAAAAUAUAAACCUAGUUUCUGGUUCCAGCCGAGAUUUUUCUCAACCAAAAUCUAUCAAAAUUUAAAUUUCAGCAAAUUGUGUGAUUGAUCUGGUUUGUUUUAAUUGUAAAUCCUUCCUUGUUGAGUUUUCAAAACCUGUUCAAAAACCAUCUUUUCCUCUAUUUUUCCAAAGUAUCCCCUAAAAUUAAGCAAAUUUCAAUAAUUUCAGCCUGAAAUCUCAUCUCAAACAUCAAUUCAAUCAUCCGGUGGAUCAACAUUUCGCGCAAAUUUCGACAAUCUCCUAACUCGAGCCUCAACUGUUUUACGUGAUCAAAAACAAAAAACUACGCGAUUCUUCGAGAAUCUUUCAUCUUCAAUGACAACAACAACGACUAAAAAGUGA